AUGUCUUUUAAUUGUAUAUAUUUUCUUAUUAUACUCAGUGGGAGACUGUUGAUCACCUGUGCCGAAAAAAACGUAUCUAUAAUAGAAAAUGGGAGAUGCUUAGAUUGUAGGAAGGAAAAUACGGAAAUGUGUCGGAUUAAAGAGACAGGAUUCAGUUGUUAUGAAGGAAACUUUUAUAGGCGAUUGGGUCGUCUACAAGGUGAAUUCCCAAAAACAACCAAUAAAGAGGGUGUUUGCGUUCCACCCGGACUGCAUAUCGAUACUAUGAAUGCCAAAGUCUGCUGCGUUUGGUCACCAGAAAUCGGUUGUCAAAUCUUAUUAACUGAAGAUCACCAGGGUGAAUUUUGCUUCACUUGCAGAGUGAAAUAUAAAAUGGAAUACAAAGGCCUAAUUUCCUGUCCGUGCGUAAAAAGUGAAGGAUUGGGCCAACCCCAUGUGAAAUCAUGGCAGAACUUUAUUUUCACAUAUUUACUCAUAAAAUUAUCCAGUUUUACCAUGGGGCUAUAACUUAUAAAUUUAAAAUGUACAUAUAAUUGAAAAUUGUUAUAUAUUUUACAGAGAGUUCUAAAUACAAUAAAGCUUUAGAUU